AGAUAUGGCUGAAAUUUCUGAAAGUGAGAGCUAUGAUCCAUCUACCGAUCCUAAGAGGAAAGCUAAAUCUAAUGAUCCGGGAUGGAAAUACGGAUUUUGGCCGGACUUGACAAACAAAGACUUGGUUGAAUGCUCACUUUGCCACAAACAAAUGCAUUCGGGAAUCAAAAGAUUAAAACAACACCUUGCAGCAGGUUAUGGAGAUGUUGCUAAAUGUCCCAAAACAACUUCCGAAAUUAUGUGGGAGAUGCAACAAUAUAUGCAAGGCACAUCAAGGAUGAAGAGAGCAAGGGUGAUCUUGGAUGAUGAUGUUCAAGAAUUGGAAACGGGAGAAAGACAACCAUCAUCUCAUGAUUCUGUUACUUAUCCAAGUUCCGGGACGGCGAGUAAAAGAAAACAAUCUACUUUAAGAUUUGCAGAAUUGCAACCAAGAGUAGGAAAACAAAAUCAAUCAGUUGCAGCACUUCUUAGAAAGACUCCUGAAGAAGUUGAUGAGAGACAUUCCAAAGGUCCUACUCAAAGAACAAUUGAAGCUUGUACAAAGAGCAAGGAAGAAAGAGAGAGGGCAUUGAUGCAUAUAGCAAAUUUCUUUUAUGAGAAUGACAUACCGUUCAGUGCGGCUAAUUCAAGAAGUUUUAAAAUCAUGGUUGAAUCAAUUGGACAAAUGGGACCGGGAUUGAAGCCUCCUAGCUUUCAUGAGUUACGGGUACCUCUCCUUGAGAAUGCAAAAAAAGAGAUUGACAAGUUGAAAGAAAAACACAAGCUUGCUUGGAAGCAAUACGGGUGCACACUCAUUUCAGAUGGGUGGACUGAUAAGAGAGAUAGACACUUAAUUAACUUCCUUGUCAAUAGUCCUGAGGGAACUUUCUUCUUGGAGUCGGUUGAUGCAUCGAGUGAGUCACAUGAUGCAACAAUGUUAGCUGCAUUGUUGGAGAAAAAAGUUGAAGAAAUUGGCAAAGAGAAUGUUGUUCAAAUAGUGACCGACAAUGAGGUUAAUUAUAAAGCGGCCGGCAGACUUUUGGAGGGGAGGAUUCCUACAUUAUUUUGGACUCCUUGUGCAACACAUUGUCUUGACCUCAUGCUAGAGGACAUUGGAAAGUUGGCGGAGUUCAAGUCCAAUAUUGCAAGUGGUAGACAUAUUACCACUUUUAUUUAUAGACACGGUCGAAUUCUUAAUGCCAUGAGAGAGCAAACAGGUGGUAAAGAUCUUGUGAGAGUUGGAGCUACUCGAUUCGUCACAACAUUCCUCACAUUACAAAAUUUGUACAAGCACAAGAAUGCUUUGAGAAAAUUAUUUGUAAGGUUUGGGUUAGCUCUAAAUUAGUCAACACAGAAGCAGGUAAAAGGGUGUGUGACAUUGUGCUUUCAUCUAGAUUUUGGACUGCUGUUGAGGAUUGCUUGAAGGCAUUACAUCCCUUUUUGAUUGUAUUGAGGAUCGUUGUUGAUGAUAGGACUCCAGCUAUGCCCGAGCUUACUAUGGCUAUGUUGGCUGCUAAGAAAAAACUUAACAAAUCAUUUGCAAGCAAGCCAAGGUUGUUUACAAAGUUGAUGACUAUUGUUGAGGGGAGAUGGGAAGAUCAAAUGGGAGUGAAGUUAUAUGGAGCUGCAUUGUUUUUAAAUCCUUCUAAAUAUUUUGAUCUUAAGGCGAAUGAUAGUUUAUAUGCUCGUAAGCAACGAGCCAUGUUUAAUGCAGUAUUUCUGAAGGUGAUUACCGAUGAUGAAUUGCAAGUGAAAAUUAGCAAUCAAGUUGAUAAUUAUGAUAACAUGAGAGAAGACUUUGGGAUGCAAUUAGCAGUCAAACAACAAAAAUCAAAGACUCCUCUUGAUUGGUGGAAUGCUUUUGGUGGACUUAGUAUUGAGCUUCAAACACUUGCAAUGCGCAUCACAAGCCUUUGUUGUUCAUCUUCUGGUUGCGAGCGCAAUUGGAGCACAUUUGAGUUUAUCCAUACAAAAAAAAGAAACCGCUUAGAGCACAAGAGAUUGAACAACUUGGUCUAUGUUCAAUACAACCGUAAAAUUGCAAGUAGGUUUCUAAAGAUCGUGAAGAAGGGUCCAACUUUAACUCAUUGGUCUUAGAAGAGUUCCAAUGGGACAAUGAAUGGGUUGAUAGUAGUAGAUCUAGUGAUGAUGUUCAUCCCGGGAGAGAUCUUUCAUGGCGGCUUGUUGAUGAAGCAAUUGGUGCAUCAAACAACUUUGAGGGCCGUAAUCUUCCUAUGAAAGCUCACGUGGGGGAACGUUCGAGUGCACCAAUCUUGACCUAUUCACGACGCCGCAAUACUUCUAGUUCUAGGAUAGAUGAGGAAGAACAAAAUGAAGAAGAAGAUCAUUUUCCAAAUGAUGAUGAAGAAAUUGAAGAUGAUGAUGACCAAGCGGGAGGAAAUGAAGAUAAUGAU